AUUCCCACGACAGACUUUACAGUCUGUUUGGUUCUGGAUAUGAUACACCGCACGCCGAUCACGAUCCCUCGAUAACAUUGCUUGUCCACCGAGGGAACCUUUGACCAGCCCGUCGCACAUUUCACCAUGACGUCAUUCACAUCACUGCUCUCUUCCAUCGGCGGAGGAGCUCAGGCACCCCAGCCGAAGCCCUCGAACUCAUCAAAACCGACAUCAGGAAACCCAGCGGCCGUGCCAUCACCGACUAUAUCAACCGCAGCGCGCCCUUCGACUAGCAACAUGGCCGCAGGGGUCAAGCGCAAACCGACGGACUACACAUCAACACCGCAAGCGAAAGUCGUCAAGACGGAGAUGAAGGUUCCAAUUCGCCCAACGGCACAGAACUCGACUAGCACUGUCACGAAGACUGCAACGCCUGCCACCGGGACUCCGACGACAUACAAGGGUACAGCUCGACCGUCUGGCGUGGCGAGCGCGGCUCAGCCUGUUGCGAAGGCGGUCGCUAGGCCUGGACCUGGGACUGCUGCGCCGACAGCACAAGCUACAGCUGCAGCUGCAGCACCUGCGAAGCGAGGAUUUGCAUCCAUCAUGGAGAAGGCCAAGGCUGCUCAGGAGGCGGCGAAAGCUGCUGGUCAUAGCACGAUCAAGCACAAGCCGGUGGAGAAACUGAGCAGGAGGCAGCGUGAAAAGGCGCAGGCGGCUGCUGCUGCAAAUCCAAAGGCGGCAACGCCCUUGAAGGGCGCAAAGUCAGGGGUUCUGGCCGAUCGAAGCAGAAGUGGUACACCUGGCGAUGGCAAGGGGAAUGGUCUUCAAAGAAAGGCACCGGAUGUCGGCUACCAAGGGACUAUGAAGAAAGCUGCGCCUGAGGUGGCCUACAAGGGAACAAUGCGCAAUUCUGCUCCUGGAGCUGCUUCCGCAAAGCCUGCUGUGAAGAAGGGCAUGGCGCAGGACAAGUAUGGUGGAUAUGCAGACUGGGACGAUCUCGACGAGGCCGAAGACGAAGAAGAGGACUAUGAGUCCGAUGCUUCAUCGGUCAUGGAGGCCGGUUUAGACGACCUUGACGAGGAGGAAGCGCGUGCUUUGCGAGUGGCGAGAAAGGAAGACCAGGAGGCUCUUGAGGAGGAGGAGCGUCUUAGACGUGAGAAGCUGGAACGCAAGAGGAAACUCCUUGCUCUCAGUCAGGACGCGGCCUCCAGGCGACGAUACUAG